AUGCAUUUGCGGGACAGCGAAGGCGGCGGAACCGCCUACCAAGAGACUGGCCAUGCCGACGGCGCAAACAGCUUGACUAACGGCACCGUGAAUUCCUCUUCAACGAGGACCGUCGUCGUGACAUCGCGGGCCGAGACCAGUGGUAUAAGCGACUUCAGACACGAGCUCCUUCUCGCAUGGCUGCUCGUACUUCACCGCAACAACGACGACGGCCUGAGCAAGGUAAAUUGGGGAUUCAGAACGCGGGACGGCCAGGAACCUUCGUCUGCAAUACACAACAGCCUGAGCCUGAGCGAGGCGCCGUUCAAGAACAGCAACUCGAUAGCUGAGGCCUUGGGGGUCAUCAAGGAGCUCGGCGAGAGCGGUCCCGAUAGUGAAACGCAAACCAUCCCGGUGAUAUACUUCAAUAAUGGAACACCAAAAUCUCAAGGCAACUCGGAGAAGGCGCUUUCCAAGAGAUCACAAGAUUGGACGUACCAGAUCGAGGCGACGCUCAACGAGAAGCAGAUGGUGAUCAAGGCCCAAUGGGACCGCGCCGUCCUCUCCCACCGCCACGCCAUCUUCCAGCUCGACUCCUUCAUUGAGAUCCUCACCACCAUCCUCGAAAAGCCGCACCGCCGAGUCUCCGACACCAUCGGUCCCACCGCAAAGGACCUCGAGCAGCUCUGGACAUGGAACAAUGAACUCCCAGAGAACAUGCAAAAGUGCAUGCAGGACAUCAUCUCCGAGGUCGCAGCCAGGGGCCCGGACCGGCCGGCCGUCGAGUCCUGGGAUGGCGACUUCUCCUACGGCGACGUUGAGCGGCUCUCGACCCGUCUCGCGCGACACCUCGUCGCCCGUGGCGUGCAAGUCGGCUCGACGGUGCCAAUGUGCUUCGAGAAGUCGCGGUGGACGACUGUCGCCCUGCUCGCCGUCAUGAAGGCCGGCGCCGCCUUCGCCCUCACCGACCCCAGCCAACCCGAGGCCCGCCUGCGCACCAUUGUCGAGCAGACCGGCGCCACCAUCAUCGUCACCUCCCAGGAGCAGAGCGAGCUCGGCCGGCGUAUCGCCCCCGAGCAGACCCUCGUCGUCGCCUCCGACGACACCCUCAACCAAGAUACCCUGGAGCUCGCCGCCGAGCUGCCCGUCGUCCCCCCAUCUUCUCCCCUCUAUAUCCAGUUCACCUCCGGCAGCACGGGCAAGCCCAAGGGCGUCAUGAUCUCUCACGAAAACUUCACCAGCGGCGCCGUCCCCCGCGGCUGGGAGGUCGGAUACCGCGCCCACUCGCGCUGCUUCGACUUUGCUUCGUAUGCCUUUGACGUCAGCAUUGACUGCAUGCUCUGCACGCUCGCCGCGGGCGGCUGUCUCUGCAUCGCCUCGGACGAGGACCGCAUGAACGACCUCAGCGGCGCCAUCCGCAACUCCAAGUGCAACAUGGCGCACAUGACUCCCUCUGUAGCCCGUGUUCUGGACGCGGAUGUCAUUCCCUCGCUCGAGGUCCUCGGUCUCGGCGGCGAAGCCGUUUCCGCGGGAGAUGCCUCCACGUGGAGCAAGACCACGAGCGUCAUCAUCGCCUACGGUCCCUCGGAAUGCACAGUCGGUUGCACAAUCAACGGCAACGUCAGCAGUAUGUCGACCAACAUCGGCAAGGGCACCGGCGGUCUCACAUGGAUCGUCGACCCCGACGACCACGAGCGUCUGAUGCCCGUCGGCGCCGUGGGCGAGCUCCUCAUCGAGGGACCCGUCGUCGGCAUGGGAUACCUCAACGACAAGGCCAAGACCGACGAGGUCUUCAUCGAGGAUCCCGCCUGGCUCCUCGCCGGUGGCGGCCCCGCCCGCGGCAGGCACGGCCGCCUCUACAAGACGGGCGACUUGGUCCGCUACGAUCCGGAUGGCACCGGCUCCAUCGCCUUCGUCGGCCGCAAAGACCAGCAGGUCAAGCUCCGCGGACAGAGAAUCGAGCUGGCCGAGGUGGAGCACCACCUCAGGGGUAAGAUGCCCUCGGGCGUCAAGAUCGUCGCCGAGGUCGUCAAGCCCGGCGGCAGCGAGCCGACGCUAGUCGCCUUCGUCGUCGAGCAGAACCCCAUCGCCGGCGCGGCAGACGCGGAGGGCGACGUCACCACCUUCUCCCCCGAGUUCAGCCAGGCCAUCGCCGAGAUCGAUAUUGCUCUCGGCGCCGAGAUUCCCCGCUACAUGGUCCCCUCCGCCUACAUCCCCCUCCGCAAGAUGCCGUCCCUGGUUUCCGGCAAGAUUGACCGCAAGCGUCUGCGCGAGCUUGGAGGCUCCAUGUCCCGCGAGCAAGUCGCCCGUCUGCGCGUGGCGCCCACAGAGAAGAAUGAUCCCGAGACAGAAAUGGAGAAGGCGCUGCAGCAAGUCUGGAUCAAGAUCCUGGGCGGCGAGACCAGCAUCGGUCUCCACGACAGCUUCUUCGCGCUCGGCGGCGACUCCCUGCGUGCGAUGAAGCUCGUCGCCGCCGCCAGAGAUGACGGCAUCGCCCUGACCGUGGCGGCCAUUUUCAAUUUCCCCACGCUCAAGGCCAUGGCCGAGAACGCCACCAAGGUAUCCACGGAGGACGUGGCCGCCGUUGCGCCAUUCUCUCUUCUCGAGGAGGGUUGGACCCCCGAGGAGGCCCGCGCAGAGUCUGCUAAGCUUUGCGGCAUCGAGGAGUCUGCCAUCGAGGACAUCUAUCCCUGCACGCCUCUUCAGGAGGGUCUGAUGGCUCUGUCCGCCAAGGUCACAUCGGCAUAUGUCGCGCAGAGAGUCGUCGAUCUCGCAGACUCUGCUACGGCAGACAAGCUCCGCAACGCAUUUGACGUCGCCACCGCAGACUGCGCCAUCCUUCGCACAAGAAUCGUUCAGGUCCCCGGGCGCGGCCUCGCUCAGGUCGUGGUCAAGGAAGAUAUUGCCUGGCACAUUGGCGACGACCUCCAGGAUUACCUAGUGAAGGACCGCGAGGAGGGCAUGGACCUGGGUAAACCCCUCGUCCGCUACGCUCUCGUUACAGACAACGAGUCGGGCAAGGUGCAGUUCGUGCUGACGAUGCACCAUGCUCUGUACGAUGGCUGGUGCAUGCCCCUCAUCGUCGACAAGGUCAACAAGGCCUUUGACGGAGAGAAGGUCCAGCGUCCCGCCGAGUUCAAGGACUUUAUCAAGUACCUCAGCAGCAUGGAUCGCAGCGCUGCUGAGACGUACUGGCGUGAACAGCUCCAGGGUGCUGGUGCCACUACUCAGUUCCCUGCACUACCGUACGAAGGCUACCAGACGCAGGCCGACUCUCUCCUGGAAGUCUAUGUGCCCCUGAACGGCAGACCUGCAUCCAACACCACCGUCGCCACCGUGAUCCGUGGUGCUUGGGCUUACGUGGCAUCUCACUACGCAUCAUCAAACGACGUCGUCUUUGGAGAGACUCUGACCGGUCGUAAUGCGCCCAUCAGAGGUUCCGAGGAGAUUGAGGGCCCCAUGAUCACGACCGUCCCCUUCCGUACCCAGGUGAAUGCCGAGACUCUUGUCAGCGACUACCUCCAAGACAUCCAGGACCAGACCAUCCAGCAAAUCCCCUACGAGCACACCGGUCUGCAACACAUUCGUCGUCUGAGCCCCGAUGCCCUCGAAGCUUGCGAGCUGAGAACUGGUCUUGUCCUGCACCCGAGCGCCGAUGAAUUUGACCAAGAAGAGUUCAACAAAUACCCUGCCAACCGCCUGGUGCCCGCAGGUGACGCAGAGGCCGCAGAGGAAGCUCUCAAGUUCAACACCUACGCUCUUAUGCUCGUCUGCUCUACAGACCCCAAGGGUUUCUUGGUGAUGGCUUCGUUCGACUCAAAGACUGUGCAGAAGCCUCUCAUGGAGAAGGCCCUCGCCCAGUUCUCUCAAGUGGCCCAGAAGCUUUGCCAGCUUACCGACACGCCACUUGGCGAUGUCGCGUAUCUGACUGAUGAGGACAAGACCGAGGUGGCUCGCUUGAGCACCGAGAGCGUGAAGAGCGUCCAGCAGGAGUACCCGGAAGCUGAGGCGGUGUACAUCGUCAAUCCGACUGAUUCUGGGCUUCUGGCACCUCUGGGAGUCGUUGGUGAAUUGGUGGUUGCUAGCAAAGCCGACCUGUCCCUUUCCAUACUGGAGAACUACUCGUGGGCCGAGGAAAAGGAGGCAGGCAAAUUCUACAGGACGGAGCGUCUAGCCAAGUUUAAUGCGGAUGGAUCUGUUGAGAUCACCGGCAAGACAAGCGACCUGGUCCAAAAGGUCAGCACUGCUAGCAAGGCGCCUACUAAGCGCAUCUCCGCCACGUCCGCCAAGCAGCGUCGUCUGCGAACUCUUUGGAGCCGCGUACUCAGGCUCCCUGAGAGUGAUAUCGGACUCAACGACAGUUUCUUCCGUCUUGGCGGAGAUUCCAUCGGCGCUAUGAAGCUCGUCUCCGAGGCUCGCUUGGUUGGCCUCACACUUACUGUCAACCAGGUCUUCACUAAGAGGACACUGUACGAUAUGGCCAGCGUCCUGCAAGAUUCUGAACCCACGCAAGACUCUCAAGACGCUGUGAAGGCUCUCGUUCCCUUUGAACUGGUUGAGACCCUCGGCAAUGCCCCCGCAGAAACCCUCCGCCCCCUUUUGGCCGAUCCAACCUGGAAGAUCGUGGACGCCUUCCCCGCAAGACCGUUACAGGAGGUCGCCGUUAAGGGAACGAUCGAGAUCCCUCGCUUCUCUGCUCGUUACGAGGCCAUGUACUUCGAGAGCGAUGUCGACCGCCCCCGUCUCUUCCAAAGCUGCCAAGAGCUCGUCUCCCUCAACGAGGUGCUUAGGUCAGUCUUUGUCAAGCAUGACGGCGCUUGCCUGAGCGUCAUUCUCGAAGAUGUCAAAACCCCUGUCGUGGAGUACGAGAUCGACAGCGACGUCGAGACCUUUGUCAAGGACCUCUGCAACCUCGACGUCCAGACCCGGAUGCCGCUCGGCUCCAUCUUCGUCAAAUGGUUCUUCGUCCACAGCAGCAACGGCCAGUCCGCGCUCGUCUUCCGCGUCUCGCAUGCUCAAUACGAUGAGAUUUGCCUGCCCAUCAUGCUCCACCAGCUGUCGGCCCUGCACGAGGGCAAGCCCGUUCCCAAGGCUCUUCCCUUUUCCUCCUUUGUCGGCCACGUUGUCAAGUCAAACAUCCCCCAAAGUGUCGACUACUGGAAGGAGCUCCUUCAGGGAUCUUCCGUCAAUGUCCUGAAGCCCAAUACCCCCGUGACGGAGAGACAGCACUACGCCAUCGAUAGGACCUUUGACAUCUCAACCCGCUCCAAGGACGUGACCAUCGCCACCCUUCCCACCGCAGCUUGGGCCCUGACUCUCGCCCGUCUGCAAAGCACAAGAGACGUCACCUUUGGCGAAGUCGUCAGCGGCCGCAACAUCGACUUUCCCAACGCCGACAUGGUCGUUGGUCCUUGCUGGCAAUACGUGCCCGUACGCGUCAAGUUUGAGGACGACUGGACGGUGCUCGACCUCCUCAACCUUGUGCAGAACCAGCACAUUGCCAGCUCGGCGCACGAGGGCAUCGGCCUCCCCGAGAUCGCCAAGCUGUGCACCGACUGGCCGGCCUCGGUGGACUGGUUCGACACGGUGGUGCACCAGGACGUCGAGCACGUCGAGAGCCUCGGGUUCGAGACGGCGAGCAGCCGCAUGGAGACGAUCUACCCGCAGCAGGAGCCGCUGCGCGAGUGGAAGAUCCAGGCAUUCCCCCAGGGCGACAAGUUGACGAUUGAGAUUGUCACGUUUGAGUCUUGGAAGGGCCAUGCUGCGGAGCUGCUUGACAAGAUUGAGGAGACGUUCAAAAUUCUGUUGGGCAACCCCAGGUCGCUUUUGUUUGCGCAGUAG